AUGGCCUCCUCUGCUGUUCAACAGACGCCAGCACGGCCUGUACCGGGAAUAUGGCCUCAAACUCCUGCGACACGGCCUGGGAUACCAGCUCCUUCGUUUCAAUCUCCAAGAACUCCAUUACACAGGGCUGCCUUGGUCCCUCAAUCCUCCCUUUCGAAUAGCAUGACUACCCCCAGACCAAACGACACUCAGGCACAAACCUCUGUUCGAAGGCCUGAAUCUCUGGAACCUUUGGAAAGAGCAUCGCGCACAAUAAACGAGGCUCUGGUGAACGAGACUCGAUUCCCAGAUGUCGACGGUUAUCUCUCGCAGGGCUAUUCGGCCGACUACGACAUACAGUCCUCUGCAACAUGGGCACCUUUUCAGAAGGCAGGGGUUCACAAGAUUCCAGACGAGAUAUUCGAGCAGUACAACAACGCGCAGCUUUCCACGAGCAUGGGACUGUUUGCAGAACUGAGGCAUGCUUGGAUAGCGAUUGACAACGCAUUGUAUAUGUGGGAUUACACUUCGUCAAAACCUGAGCUACUUGGAUUCGAAGGACAGCCUCACUGUAUCCUUGCGGUCAAAUUGGGAGUGCCACGGCCAGGUGUCUUCCUUCCCAACAUCAAGCACAUAAUUGUUCUGGCGACGACUACGGACAUCUCUCUUCUGGGCUUGGGGAUAGACCCCAGUCCGGGCGCGUCUGGUGCCUUGUGUCUGUUUCAGACCGGCAUGUCUGUUUCGGUCAAGGGUCUUGAUAUCAGUGUCAUAGCCUGCUCAGAAAAGACGGGGAGGAUCUUCUUCGGUGGGCGGACAGAGAACGAAAUCUAUGAACUCACUUACCAGCAAGAAGAUCGAUGGUUCUCAAGUCGCUGUUCGAAGAUCUGCCACACCAGUGGACCGGCAAAAUCGUUGGCUCUGACUUUCAGCAGCUUGGCUGGUGGCCCCAAAGAGUACGUGGAGCAGAUUGUAGUGGACGACAGCCGAGAUCUGUUAUACACGCUGUCAUCUUCUUCCAACAUCCGUGUCUUCCACGUCAAGCCAGGUGGUGGAUUGCCGCUACUUAUUACCAAGCCAGCAACUGAGAUCUAUGCCAACAUUGGCCAUAUCAUCACACAAAGUGAGUCCCUCAAUGUUCGGGUCAAGAUUGUAUCCAUAUCAGCCAUACCCGCCUCAGAGGCGUCAAGGUAUCAUCUUAUGGCAACGACGGCCACGGGAUAUCGAAUAUAUCUCAGUGCAACCAGCUCUGGUUACUGGUCGACGACCAAGUCGGGUGCCCCGAUCAGCAUGCAGGCUCAACACGUCAAGGUUCCUCCGAUGAACGCGACCGGCGGCACGUCUUCCAUAUCCCAGGGGUCGGAGCCGACCUCCAACGUUCAUCAACCUAUCCGAACCCUAACGAUGACUCGGCUCGCCGCAAGAUAUCCGCCGGGUUUCUUCCUUUGCUUCACCGCGCGAGAUGCCAGUUUGCCUACGGAUCAGCUGUUCAUCUCGGCGCCUGAUGCUGGAAGACUGUCGAGACCUGCCGAGCCCGGCCAACCCAGUCGUACCAGCGAAUCCGCCAUGUGGUUAUCAUUGGGCAGUCGCGCCGAAGAUAUUGGUCUGGCUGUUCCUUACUCUGGCCCAACUUCAACACCCGCUGGCUUUGGUAACGACCUGGCUGUGCAAUUUGACAAGCCGAUUCCAGAAAUCGCAAUCCUGACGAAUACCGGGGUCCAUAUCCUGAAGCGGCGUCGGUUGGUUGACAUUUUCGCCGCGCUCAGUCGUCAAGGUGGUGGCACGGAAGGCUUUCAGACCGAAGUAAACAACCUGAUCCGCGCUUAUGGAAGAACCGAGACUCUUGCAACCGCGUUGGCGGUUGCCUGCGGCCAGGGGGUUGAGGUGACCAAAGAUGCGCAUGCAAUGCGGGUGAAUGAUCCCGAGGUUCUCGAGCUUGCUCGAAAGACAUUCAUCGAAUAUGGUGGAAAACCAAGCAUCAACCAGAAUUCCAUUACGGAUAAAUCUGUGCCCUUGAUUGACGCAGUGCGUCCAUCUCCUCGACAUGCAGCCAUUGCGCUGUACCUCUCACGUCUGCUGAGAUCGACGUGGAGGAAUGUGAUCGCCGUUGGGUUAACCACUCCUACGGGAUACCAGAUCAGUCCUGCGGUACCGAUACAGAAAUUGAGGGACGUCCAAGAGUCUUUGUCCGCACUGCAACGGUUUUUCAAGACCAACAAAAGUUUCAUCAAGGGGCUCAGUGGUCCCGAUGACCUGUCAAGCACCAGCACCAAGGAUGAUGAGAUUGCCCUUAAGGGGGAGCACCGAGCUCUUCACUCCCUGGUCAAGUUUACCUCAGACACGAUCGAAGGUCUCUCUUUCAUCCUGGUGCUUUUCGAGGAAAAGGUGGCUGAGAUCAUCCCGCUUCUUCCAGAGGCAUCUCGGCCUCAGAUGUUGCAGCUGACUUUUGAGGAACUCUUCACCACGAGAAAAGGUUAUGAACUCGCCAAGGAGCUGGUCAAGGCCAUUGUUAAUCGCAAUAUUGCUAAGGGCUCCAAUGUCGAGACGGUGGCCGAGGCUCUGCGACGGAAAUGCGGCAGCUUCUGCAGUGCUGAAGAUGUGGUCAUCUUCAAAGCACAAGAGCAAUUGAAGCGAGCCGCAGAAGCUGGAGCCAAUGCUGAGUUGUCGCGCAACUUGCUGAAUGAGAGUUUAAGGUUGUUUGAGCAAGUGGCCGACAAUCUCCCGAGUGACUACCUGGAGUCAGCGGUGAAGCAAUACACAGAGCUGCAGUUCUUUGCUGGCGCCAUUCAACUGGCUCUCAAGGUGGCUCACGAGAAAGACAAGGCUAACGAGGCUCUGUCUUGGAUGGCCGACGGACGACCUGAACCAGAUGCCCGAAAAAGAAAAUUCGACGUUCGGAGUCAAUGCUACGAUCUCAUCCAUGGCGUGAUCGCUGCCGUCGAUCGAAGCACCGAACAGAGUCCUGGUUUCAUUGACGGUCGCCCUACCGUUGCUGUCACGCGAAGGAAUGAAGCUUACGACGUGAUUAGCCGGUCAAAAGACGAGGCAUUCCUGACAAAUCUGUAUGACUGGUAUGUCCAGCAAGGAUGGUAUGACCGGCUUCUGGCGACCGAGUCUGCAUUCAUCGUGACUUAUCUGCAACGAAAAUCAUCCGAGGACAUCACGUAUGCGGACCUGUUGUGGAAGUAUUAUGGGCAGACAAGCCAAUUCUCCGAGGCAGCCAAGAUCCAGCUGCAACUUGCUCGCAGUCCGUUUCCCUUGACAUUGGAGAAGAGAAUCGAGUACCUGAGCAGAGCUAGAGCCAACGCAUCGACAUAUAGCCAAGGGGGCAACCGCAAGACCAAGCAGCAGUUGCUGCAGGAGAUUUCGGAUCUGCUGGAUAUUGCCACCAUCCAAGACGAGAUCCUCCAACGUCUCCGAGACGACCCGCGACUGGGAGCGGAACGCCGGAAAGAGGUGCUUGACCAGGUCAACGGGGCAAUUCUGGACAUCAACACUCUAUUCAACAACUACGCCGAUAACGCCGGCUACUACGAUCUCUGCUUGAUGAUCUAUCAGGUCGCCGACCAUCGGGAUGCCUCGCAAAUCAAACAGACGUGGCAACAGCUGCUGCAAUCGGUGCAUGACAAGACGACGGAGGACGGCCAGAUCCAACCGUUCGAAGCUAUCGCCGAAGAGGUCAGAAGUUUGGGAAGUAAGCUCCGCACUUCGGAGACCACGUUUCCCGUGCAUAUCCUGCUCCCGAUCCUUGAGAAAUAUUCGUUCGAGCAUCAACGCACCGUCGCCCCCGACCAUUGGGUGGUGGACAUCUUCCUGGACCUGGAGGUUUCUUAUGAGCGGCUUUUUGAGGUUUUGGAGACGAUGUUUUUCUCUGGCGACGCGCCGUUCAUCGGCUCGAACCGAAAAUACAUUGCUUCCGAGCUGGUGUAUGUGGUCGGCAAAUGGUUCCAUGACUCCAUGAGAGCCGGGACAGUCAUCUUUGGCAGUGAAGCUGGAGCGGCGCGCGUCGACGAGACCAUUCAAGCUCUUCUACAGCAGAGUAAGCCGGCGGGAUUAGACGAUGAGAUGGUGCAGGUUUGUCGUGCCGUUGUUGAGAAGAUAGGCCAACUUUUGAGUUGA